GAUGCUGAUGCUGAACUGGCCAAGCUGGGAGGAAAGAAGAAAGGGAGGGGAGGGGAGAAUCGAGGACGGCCGGCCUAGCCAGGCCAAGAAAGCAAUUGCCCCGGUGGUGGGAGCUGGGAGACCCUUGUGCUUGGACGGGACAGGGUCGGGGGACACCCAGGAUGAGCCCCGCGACCACUGGCACCUUCUUGCUGACAGCUUUUUUAUUAAGCUGUGCUGAUGGCAUAAAUGGAACAGUUAACUGGAAGACCAAACAGGCCAACAGUUUUAUUAUCAGCAGAAAAAUGACUGCUGGGAAGAAAGAUGUGUACACUAUUUUCUCCAAGGUGCACUCUGAUCGGAAUGUCUACCCAUCUGCAGGUGUCCUCUUUGUUCAUGUUUUGGAAAGAGAGUAUUUUAAAGGGGAAUUUCCACCUUACCCAAAACCAGGUGAGAUAAGUAAUGAUCCAAUAACAUUUAAUACAAAUUUAAUGGGUUACCCAGACCGUCCUGGAUGGCUUCGAUAUAUCCAAAGGACACCUUAUAGUGAUGGAGUUCUAUAUGGGUCUCCAACAGCUGAAAAUGUGGGGAAACCAACAAUCAUUGAGAUAACUGCCUACAAUAGGCGUACCUUUGAGACUGCGAGGCAUAAUUUGAUAAUUAAUAUAAUGUCAGCAGAAGACUUCCCGUUACCAUACCAAGCAGAAUUCUUCAUUAAAAAUAUGAAUGUAGAAGAAAUGUUGGCCAGCGAGGUUCUCGGAGACUUUCUUGGGGCGGUGAAAAAUGUGUGGCAGCCUGAGCGUCUGAACGCCAUCAACAUCACGUCGGCCCUAGACAGGGGCGGCAGGGUUCCGCUUCCCAUUAAUGACAUGAAGGAGGGCGUUUAUGUUAUGGUUGGUGCCGACGUCCCAUUUUCUUCUUGUUUACGAGAAGUUGAAAAUCCACAGAAUCAAUUGAGAUGCAGUCAAGAGAUGGAGCCUGUAAUAACAUGUGAUAAAAAAUUUCGUACUCAGUUUUACAUUGACUGGUGCAAAAUUUCAUUGGUUGAUAAAACAAAGCAAGUGUCCACCUAUCAGGAAGUGAUUCGUGGAGAAGGGAUUUUACCUGAUGGUGGAGAGUACAAACCCCCUUCCGAUUCUUUGAAAAGCAGAGACUAUUACACGGAUUUCCUAAUUACACUGGCUGUGCCCUCGGCAGUAGCAUUGGUCCUUUUUCUAAUACUUGCUUAUAUCAUGUGCUGCCGACGGGAAGGCGUGGAAAAGAGAAACAUGCAAACACCAGACAUCCAACUGGUUCAUCAUAGUGCUAUUCAGAAAUCUACCAAAGAACUCCGUGACAUGUCCAAGAAUAGAGAGAUAGCGUGGCCGCUGUCAACACUCCCUGUGUUUCACCCAGUAACUGGGGAAAUCAUGCCUCCUCUACAUGCAGACAAUUAUGAGAGCACUAAUAUGCCGUUGAUGCAAACGCAGCAGAACUUGCCACACCAGACUCAGAUUCCCCAACCGCAGACUACAGGCGAUUUUCGUUUGACAACUUUUCAAAGAUUUGAGGUAAAUGGUAUCCCUGAAGAAAGAAAACUGACUGAAGCAAUGAAUUUGUAAUCAGACAAUAUAGCACUUAUAUCUUAUUUUUUCUCUCUUCCAGUAAUGCAUGAGCUUUUCUGACAUAUGGUAUGCAUGUUGACAGUAUUAAGUAUAUACUAAAUAAUACAGUAUAACAUUCAUUUUACUAAUGUAUUUUUUUUUGUACUUAAGGCAUUUUUGACAAUUUGUAAAACAUUGAUGACUUUAUAUUUGUUACAAUAAAAAGUGAUCUUUAAAAUAAAUAUUAUUAAUGAA